AUGCAACGCGCCGCCAAAACCCCGAGGCGCAGCGAGCCUGAGCGCAGCGAGCCUACCGGGGCGGUCCAGACCGUGCCUCGCCGGCGGACCGGCCCGCCGUUGCCAACAAAGGCGGCGCGGGCUGCGGCUCGCGCCGUGGGCCCCGACAGCCGCCUGUCCAGCAUGCUCUCCGACACGCAGAAGCUCGCCUCUCGUCUGAGAGGCGAGCUGCGCACGCUGCGGGGCGAGGCGGCGAGGCUGCGGGGCGAGGCGGCGGCGGCGGCUCGCACGUACGGGUGGCUGCUGCGCGAGUACUCCGCGAGCCGCGGACGGCCGGGAUUGCUCGCGAUCGAGCGCGCCGCCAACGUCAUCUCGUGCACGCCAAGGGCCCUCGCGCAACUCUGUGGCAUGCUCGCUCAGUCGCGCAUCGCUGAGACGUGA